AUGUUGAAGGAAAUUCUAAAUAAAAAGUAUACAUUAUAUGCCACUAGUUUGUUAGAAGAUUAUCAAGAUGAUGAUAAUUUAUCAAAUAUAACAUGGCCGCCACCUUCCAGAAAAGUAAUGUUAGAUUUGCUUAAAGGAUUAAACAAAGAUUUAAACGAUGCUUCCACCACCAAACAUAAUUCGUCACCAUCGUCACCACAUUUUGAUCUUUUGGUAAUUGGUGGCGGUGCAACCGGUAGUGGUGUAGCGCUUGAUGCUGCUACCAGAGGAUUGAAGGUAGCAUUGGUAGAAAGAGAUGAUUUUGCAUCUGGUACUUCAUCUCGUUCAACUAAACUUGUACAUGGUGGUGUAAGAUAUUUGGAAAAGGCAUUUAAAGAAUUAGAUUAUGGACAGUAUAAACUUGUUAAAGAAGCACUUCAUGAACGUGCAAAUUUUUUUAAUCCAAAAGAAUAUUUUGAAAAUUCUAGAACAAAACUUUUGAUAGGACAUACAAAAACUGUAAGAACAGUUGCUUGGAAUUGUGAUGGUAGAAAGCUUGCUAGUGGUUCUGUAGAUAAAACAGUUAGGCUUUGGGAAGCCGAUCAGGAAGAUAUAAAGUAUUCAGUUAAAUUAUUAGGACAUGAGGAAAGUGUUGAUCAGCUAUGCUGGAACCCUCAAUCACCAUAUGAAUUAGCAACAGCGUGUAUCCAUGUUGUUAAAACUGAUGGCGAAAAUAUUAAUAUAAGUUGGAGUUGGGACGGUAAUAUGGUAGCAGUAGGAGAUAAGGAUGAUAAAAUAUCAUUUAUAGAUAAUAAGAAAAAUCCAUCUACACUACCUUCCAUUGUUAAUCAUUAUUUUGAAGAUAAUGAUUCAAGAGAUGAAUCAAAUGUAGAAAAUGGGAGCACAGUAUAUAAAAUAAAAACAAAAGCAGCUACAAAUUCGGUUGCAUGGCAUCCAAAAGGAUAUUUAUUAGCAUUUGCAGGUGAUGAAGAGUCAUCUAUUGAUAGAACUUAUGUUGGACUUAAAAUAUUUGGGUUUAAUGAUUUGAAUAGUUGA